CUCCCUGACCUGCGGCCUGGAGAUCUGUGUGGCAGCUGGGAUCACAUACGUGCCCCCGCUGCUGCUGGAGGCUGGAGUGGAGGAGCGCUACAUGACCAUGGUGCUAGGUAUCGGCCCAGUGUUUGGCCUCCUGUUUAUCCCUCUGAUUGGCUCAGCCAGUGACCACUGCAACAGCAUUUAUGGCAGAAGGCGGCCUUUCAUCUGGCUGCUGUCAUUGGGAGUGCUUCUGGCACUUUUCAUCAUUCCCCACGCUGAUGUCCUGGCUGCCCGUCUCGCCUGGGGUGAGCGCAGGCUCCAGGUGGCAUUCCUUGUCCUUGGUGUGGGGCUCCUUGAUUUCUGUGGACAAGUAUGCUUUACACCACUGGAGGCUUUAUUGUCAGACCUGUAUCGGGAUGAGGAGGACUGCGGCCAAGCCUUUGCCAUGUUCUCAUUCAUGGUCAGCUUGGGAGGCUGUGUGGGCUACUUGCUUCCUGCUCUCGACUGGAGCCAUGGUCUACUCUCUGUUUACCUAGGAGGCCAGGCCGAGUGCCUCUUCUCCCUCCUCAUCAUCAUCUUUGUCUCCAGUGUGCUCAUCACAAUGAAAGUGUCUGAGGAACCCUCUUUUACGGGCAGUGGCUUGGCAGGGUCUGGAUCCUUACUGGAGUCUGGGGCUGGUGCGGUUGAGGCUGGCCGGUGCGGCGUGCCACGCUCAUGCUGCUACCUGCUGAAGUGCAAGCCGCGGCUACUGAAGUCUGGGCCCCUGCUGUGCUUACUGAGAACAUGCUGGUCCAUGACCCCGACCAUCUACAGAAGCUACUGCCAUGUCCCAUGGGUGAUGAGGCAGCUGUGUGUGGCCCAGCUCUGCAGCUGGAUGGCUGUCAUGUCCUUUAUGCUUUUCUACACAGACUUUGUAGGGGAAGGCCUGUAUGGGGGUGUGCCCAGCGCAUUACCGGGAAGUGUGUCCAGGCAGAGAUAUGAUGAAGGUAUCCGUAUGGGCAGUCUGGGCCUGUUCCUGCAAUGUGCUACCUCAACCUUCUUCUCCCUGGUCAUGAGUCGUUUGGUUUGCCAUUUUGGCUCACGGUGGGUCUACCUGAGCAGCAUGAUUCUGCCUUACACUCUCACCUGCCAUUAUCACAAAGAAAAAGAGGUCUACAUGCCAAAAGGGAAAACCAAAAGCAUACAUAAAAAUGGUAUUUCAGUGAAGCAGGAUGCUGUGUAUUUGACUCCUGUGGAAGAGGAGGGUGGGCUGAACCAUGAAAAUGGGGCUGCCUAUGGGCAGGCUUUCUUCAGCGAGGACAGUCAUGAGUACUACCACAGCCCACAAAACCAGAACAGCUCAUCUCAUAGCUCUAGUGGCAGUGAACAGGGGGUGGCAGAAUUGGGCUAUGAGAAACGUGGUGUGGGUUUGGACUUUGCCAUCUUAGACAGCACCUUUCUCCUCUCUCAGGUUUUCCCCACCCUCUUUAUGGGCACGAUCGUUCAGUUCAUGCAGUCUGUCACUGCCUACAUUGCCUGCUCUGCCAUUUUUGGUGCUGUCGCCAUCUACCUGGCCAGUCAAAUCAUCUUUGACCAAAAAGACCUCAAAUUCUGAGAUUUAACUGAGAUGUGGGAGUGAUAAAAUCAUAAUCAAUCAAUCAUUCAUUCAGGUUCUGUAGGUGGAAUUUAGCAAAGCACUACUGUUCCCAGAAUGCCUUGCUCUAUGAUUGUGUGCUUGCUUUUAUAAAAGUUCUAUUUUAUCGAAGUGUGUGUGUGUGUGUGUGUGUCUGCCAAUAUGUGGCAGGGUAAGAGACAAAGUGUCUAACAGAAGAAAAUGUCAUAAGAGGUGUGUUAUUAUCUGUGCUCAGGACGGCUGUGGUAGUCUUUGUGCUGAAUUCUAUAGAAAUCUCUAUAAAAACUUUUAGUUGUGACAAAUAUUCUGUCCAUCGCCUUUCUCCUCAGGUACCACCAAACAUAUUUACUGUAGAAAUCAUCAGCCUCAGAAACACAACUACCAACCUUUUUAUUCUUUGCUUUUACAGUUCACUCCACAAUCUUUAAAAGUACGGUCUGCUUUGUACUCAGAUCAACAUGACAAACACAGUUAUAGACUUAUACACACUCAUUUAGAGCAUCACUAAUCCAGUGUGGAUACUGCUCAUCAUCUCACUGAGGCAGACCCCCCUUCUUGUUUGUACCAUGGGUUUAAAAUCUUAUAUUCUAAGUGUCAUGCCUAACUCAAUAACACUGACGACACCACUGUGGUACCAUCAGGGUUAUUUUCUGAGUAUUGACAGUUGUCAGAACACAGACAAUGACGCCAACCCUUUACUGGCUGUGUAGUACUAGACAAGUAAACUGACUGUUAUCUGACUACCUUUAAACAUCUAGCUGUACUAUUAUUGGUUGCAUCCUCUGUGUUUCCCCAUCUACUGUCACUCAUUACUUUAUGAAUGGUUUAACUGUAAAUAUUGUGCAUCUUUUACUGCACAUCCCUAUGGGAAUUUAGUUAUGCAACCUGCAGGGGAGAGGCUGUUGACUGGUUUGAGAAUGAAGCGGUUUACUAGAACUGGAAUAUUGCAUCAAAUGUCCACUGUCUUGAUAAUCAGGAGUAGUUUAUUUUAGGGGACUACUCAUCCUGUCCAACCAUAUUUCUGAUCAGGACAGUCAUCUCAGGUUAGUACCUUGUAUUUGUCCCAUCCCAUCCUUUUGGCACUGAUAAAACACCUUCCCUGCUGCCUAAACCCUCAUGUUUUAUUGACAAUCUAUGACAUCCAGAUGGGGGUGUUUCAGUGUAUAACACUGUAUGUAAACAGUAAACAUGUAGGGUAGUGUCUCGUAGAAACCCACUUCAUAGCAUCCAUUCCUGAAAAGACAAAAAAAAGCAGUAAGUGAAAACAUUUGGUUACUGAAAAUGAUGCAAGAGUAGGUGUUGUAUAUUAAUGGGCUGAAGGCUGAGUUGAGGUGUGUUUGUUUAUACAUAACAUGGAGGACAGACAGUGAGAAACCAUGAGUAACAUUUAAGUGUGAGGCUAAUCAAAAUGAUAUGUCAGGAGUGUAUGCAGUUAUUCACAAUGUUUCAAGAAACUGUAUUCACUUUAGAUGUUGUAUGUUACAGUGUAUUGUGGCCUUCAGUUGAGCUUGUGUCAUCAUGCUUGUGUUGCAACCAGCAAGUCACUUCAUUUGAGCAUUUUGUAUCCAAGUAGUCUGAUCCUACCGGAGGGGCAAUGAAUUAUGUUCGGCAGAUACAAAUAGUCCUGAAGGAUCUUAUUGCCUGAGGCGUGGUCAGUGUGGGAAAGGAAAACAUGGCCGAGGAUUUGUUUGUCAUGGUGACACUACUGCUGAGUGGAAUGCCUAAAAAGAACCAAAUUACCCUUUUUACCCCAAAUUGCACCAAAAAAUAUUACUUGGCAGUAGCUGAAGUAUCAGAGAAAGUUUGUUUUUCAAGUGCCUGUAUAUUUUUCAGACAUUUUUUGUACAUAUGUAUUUAUUUAUUAUGCUUCUCUUACAAAAUAGUACAUAUUAAACUAUUGACCUCUUUGGCAUCUUGCAUAGGUGCAAGGCUGAAAGCUGUUCCUGUGAUAUAAAUUAUUUGUAUAGUGGUAUAAAAGCAUUCUCCAAGCUAUAAUUUAUUUUAACACUACCUACUUGAUCCUGUAGCUUUGGUGCAGUUGCCGAUAUCUGCUGUCAGUGAGUAUCAAAUUGGCUGCAGUGUGAGAAUACUAAAAGUUUCCCCUCAUGGUGAUUAUACAGAUCAGCUGAAAGUUGUAUUCCUCUCACACAGCUGAGUUGCUUGGUUUGUUUUUUUUCCCUCUUGUGCAGCUGGUGCAAACAAGAAACCUUGUUGUUAAGUCAAUACUGCUUUAUCUGGGGCUUAUAUUACCACUUGUUCUUUCUUAUCAGUUAUAUUUUGUAUUGUUUAAUAGAUAAACACUUCACAUAUCUUUAACUAGAUGGGUGGAGUAUUCAGUCAUGGCUCUCAACCAAAUAUCCUGGUUGGUUUGAGAUGAAACAAAAGUGCCAAUGAUCAGACUAUGUUAAGGCCAGGCCUUGUUAUAGUCUCAUGUUAUUAAUCGGGUUUUUCAAAAUCACAUUUUCCACAAGAUUUCAGACACUUGUAUCAUUGUCAUAAAUACUUAUAGCCAUAAGAAAACGUUGUAUUUCACUUUCAUUAUACAUCCAUCAGAUUGUGUAUAAAUAUGCAGGUACCAAAUAGAUUUUAU